UGAAAAGCAAGUCAACUUUUUGUUGUCUUGGUGGGGCAUGUGAGUAAAGAGCAUCACAUUGCUGAAAGCGCCCUCAACAGUACUGUACGAUGGCUUUUUGGUAGGGGAGAGACCAGGCGCGGGACAGAAAAAUGAUCGCCGAGAGCUCUGGUUGCCCCUCGCUCGUCACUAUUGGUCCUCGUACUCCGUAGUAGCAGCCUCAAGCCCGGCGGCAUUUCGCUGGGGGGACCCACGUGAUCUGGCAUGGUCUCCAGCCUUGCGGCGCUUCUGCUGGCCUCGCCGCGUAGCCUUUGGUACCUGCGGCAAGCUUCAUCAUCAACAUCAGUGUCCAGAUUGACUUAUUUGACAUCCACCACAUUCCUAUCGUCGCAAACCAUCCCGAACACUCCACCAACUCUUCCGAAUUCUCCUCCUCCUCGAUAUAUCCUCUGUUCAGAAAGGACUUAACCUCCUAUCACUGUCGUUGCCCCUUUGCGAAUCACACAAUGGACGGGGGUGGAGAUCCGGAGAGGCAACAGGCCCUGCAACAAUACAAGGAAAAGUUACUACAGUCAAGAGAAUGGGAAUCAAAACUGAAAGCACUGCGGAUGGACAUCAAGGGUCUCCAAAAAGAUUUCGAAACUACAGAGGAAAACAUCAAAGCCUUACAAAGUGUCGGUCAAAUCAUUGGAGAAGUGCUAAAACAACUGGACGAAGAGAGAUUCAUCGUCAAAGCAUCGUCAGGGCCCCGAUAUGUCGUCGGUUGUCGGUCCAAGGUCGACAAAGCCAAGCUGAAGCAAGGCACACGAGUGGCCCUGGACAUGACAACCCUUACCAUCAUGCGCAUGCUUCCUCGAGAAGUCGACCCUCUAGUCUACAACAUGUCAUUAGAAGAUCCCGGUCAGGUAUCAUUCGCCGGUAUUGGUGGUCUUAAUGAACAGAUACGAGAACUACGAGAAGUCAUUGAACUACCGCUGAAGAACCCCGAGCUCUUUUUGCGGGUCGGUAUCAAGCCUCCGAAGGGUGUCCUACUCUAUGGUCCACCAGGAACGGGAAAGACGUUAUUAGCAAGAGCAGUGGCAAGCAGUCUAGACACUAAUUUCUUGAAGGUGGUAUCAUCUGCAAUUGUCGACAAGUACAUUGGCGAGUCGGCUCGAUUGAUUCGAGAGAUGUUCGGCUAUGCGAAAGAACACGAACCGUGCAUUAUUUUCAUGGACGAGAUCGAUGCCAUUGGAGGUCGUCGUUUCAGUGAAGGAACUUCCGCCGAUCGAGAGAUCCAGCGAACCCUUAUGGAGCUGCUGAACCAAUUGGACGGCUUCGACUAUCUCGGGAAGACCAAGAUUAUCAUGGCCACCAACCGUCCCGAUACUCUCGAUCCAGCUUUGCUCCGAGCAGGUAGAUUGGAUCGAAAGAUCGAGAUCCCUCUACCCAACGAGGUGGGCCGAUUGGAAAUCCUCAAGAUCCACGCUGCCGGAGUGGUAACGGAAGGCAACAUCGAUUUUGAAAGUGUCGUCAAGAUGAGUGAUGGACUCAACGGUGCUGAUCUGAGAAAUGUUGUGACCGAGGCUGGCCUGUUUGCUAUCAAAGAUUACCGCGAUGCUGUCAACCAGGAUGACUUCAACAAGGCAGUCAGGAAGGUGGCCGAGUCCAAGAAACUUGAGGGCAAGCUGGAAUACCAGAAAUUGUAAAACAUCCUAUCACUGGUCGUGGUUCUAUCGGGCGCAUAGCUUGACCUGGCCUGCGGUGGGCGAUGGUGCCUUGCCACUGUAAUAUAGGUGGCGAUGAUACAUCUGCAUGUGGCAUCAGAUGGAUGCCUAAUGGAUGGCUCGGUCUGGCCGUGCGACAAUUGAUAGAUAAUGCAUGCAUCAGGACAUCCCAACAGCGAACCACCUUGGUCUAGAAGGCGCCAGAGGUUGAUCAAGUUCCUCGGGAUGAAUUUCAUUCACGGGCAAAGCCCAUUGCAACACGCCACCAACUCAGUAACCCUCUUACUUCCAUCUGUGCUGCCAUUUCCUUGACCGAAUCGACUUCGAC